AUGGAGUACACCUACGUUGUCAUCUUUCCAGGAAUUGCUCUCACGGCUUGCUACUUCAUCGAUUACAGCAUGCGAAUUUGGCUUGCCCAGUUGGCAUUCAGCAUUCUUUUCUUCCUGUGGCAGCGCUACGUGAUGCUUUGGCUGUACGGGAAAUCCGAGUUUGACUCCGACGGGACAUACUUCUCCUUCAUCGUCGUGUGGGGCCUGGUGCUGUCGAUGGCUGCUUCUUCCUUUGCCUUUUGGGCAUAUCGGUUGGAUCAAAUCACCGAGCGACCUUUCGCCGUGUUGAUCUUCGUUCUCAUCUUCAUGCUGACUUAUUUCAUUUAUGUUUCUGGCAUCCUUUCGAUCGAGUAUCAUUUUCGGAAAAUGGGCAAGACGCUAGACGACGAGAAUGUGUCGGGUAACGAUCCUGGGUAUAUGGCGAUCAUGGCGAAAUCUGGCGUAUCCUGGUGGAAUACCAAUCCGAUUUAUGUGCUGAAGCAUCGCCUGUGCCCCGAUUUGGCUGGCUUCGAAGUGCAUGAGGAAUCGAGAAACUGCUGGCCUCUAUGGUCAGACGAAGGCUUCUUCGAGAAGGGCAAGGAGUUCCGACACCGGCCAAGUGCUGGCGCCCGGCUAGAUUCCGGUGAUGAACCUGCCUGA